AUGCGGUUGUCUUUGACUGCAUUCCUGCUCCUUCAACAUGUCUUUGAGCCAUGCGAUGCUAACCCCCUUAAACUCUUGCCACGAGCCACAACAGAAAGAGCAACUCCUGUGGUUGUCACCACGACACGAGACGGCUCUACGUAUAAGCAAACGUACUCGCCAACCGUCCUAACUGCAUAUGCGACCGCUACUGGCCCAACAACCAUUACUACAACAAACGACGCGGGGAAGGCCAUACUCAUAGGGAUCUUCGCUGGCGGCCUCGCGUGGGUGGGCGUUGGCCUUGCUGGUGCAGGUCCAAAGUUCAUUCCACCUCCGCCAACGCCUCCACCAGGGCCUCCACCACCGCCGGAGCCAGAUACUCCCAAAGACCCGGACGACGACGGCCCCAAGGAGACCACGUCGACAUAUAUGAACAACAAACCGGCACAGACAGCCACGUUCAAUAUCAAGAAAAAAGAGUGGAAGAAGUACGACGUCAUUUUCGAGAAGCCUAUCCAUGCCCCGUACGAAAUGACGAAUUGCGCGGAGGCAAGCGGGCCAACGGUUGAUCGGAGCCGCGCAGUGGACAAAAUCAAAGGAUUCUGCAAACAGUACAAAGACAAAAAGGUAGACGAUAAGGGGUUCGAGGAGGCCCCGGAUAUGGGACGCGGAAUCGUCCUAUCACUUUCUGCGAAAUUGAACCCAAUCUGCCCGGCAAAACUUGCACAUUCCCUGCGCCAGGGCGACUGUGAGUGGCUCCUCAAGGCGUGCUUGGAUAACUGCGACACCAAGAGUCAGAAGAAACAUGGUAGUAUCGUCAAAGAUGGAUGUCAGAUUUGGGGUGCUGUUGCGCAAGAGUACGAAGGUGACCUGGAAUGCCAAAAGGAAAGGCGGGUCGACGGUGAUUUGGGAGUAAAGCGGGAAUAUCUGCGGGAGAGUAUCAAAGACUUCUGCGGCAACUUUGCUGACAAGAGCGUCAAACCCAAAUCACCUUUCCGUCGGGAAUACUUCUAUGAAACUGGAAACUCCGCGGCAACGCUUGAGGUCGCCUACAACUCCGACGAAUGUUCGGCGGACAAGAUACCAGAGUACGAUGUGGACAAGGCUGCGUGCGAACGUUUCCUCACCAAGGCCGUUGACGGGUGCGACACGAACACACAGACGGCUAAAUAUGGUGGCAGCGUAGGUGACCACUGCGGCGUCUUCCGCCUCAAGACGAGGAAUGUGGAAAAGGUCUAUUGCGGCGCGAGUGACCGGCCGGGUCCCACAACCAUGUCCCGGCAAGCUGCGUUGGAGGCCAUACCGAAACUGUGUGGUCCCGAGCUCGAGGUCGACCCUGACUAUAAGUAUAACGACGAGUUCUCUCAGUACACGCCUGAUGGGUAUGGAAGAAAUACUGUUGUUGUUGGCAACAUAGCCAUCAACAUGCAGGCCGGGUGGACGGGUGAAAAGGACUGCCCCAAGCCCAAAAGGUUCAAGAUGGUGAAAGAGGAUUGCGAAAGGAAACUGAAAACCAUCCUUGACGACUGCGACACGAAGACGACAAGCAAAAAGCACGGCGGCAGCCUGCUGGACAAGACGCCGCACGGAUGCGUGCUGUGGGUGUUUGACGCCCAAAAGGCAACCAAUGACUAG